AUGGGAGAUUUGGACACGGCGGGGGAUGCGCUGGCUAGUUAUGAGAGUGGGAGCGUGGGGGUUGGAGGGGGGGAGGAGGGGGAUGAUUUGGUGAUGGAUGAUGACAUUGGGGGAGGGGCUUUUGGGGAGGCGUUUCAGGAGGGGUGA